CAGGAUCUUCCUGUCACAUCCCCACCCCCUAUCCCAAACCUCAGCAAAUAACAAGCUUUAUUUUUGACACUGAAAAGGAAGCCAGGAUGCAUUCAACAGAGCCUUGCAGGAUGCAAAUUCCCACAGUUGCACCUACGGUGGGCAUGUGGAGCUGAUUUUCACUAGCUGAUGAGCUUUAACUGCUAGUGCACUGCCGACUGUAGGAGUGGGGUUUCAGUCAGGUCUGGCCAAAACACAGCUGGUUUAUCCCUCUCCAUUUGAACAGCCGUGCCCCUGGGCUAUGGGUUUCAGCUGACUUGUUUAGACAGAGGGACUGGAGAAUGAUGAGAAGCAGCUAGGAAAUAAGAGCCCAAGAGGUGGGAUUGCUGAAGUCUUCCUGAUGCUUCCCGUGGUCCUCCUCCUAUCUCAGGCUCCUUCAGGGACAUUCAAACACGUUCAACUACAAAAGAGAAUGGAUGACAACUCUGUGAAUCCAGGUCAGCAUUUCUGCGGGGUUUACAAGACAUGCUUGGACACUGGAGUGACAGGUGCUGAAAGUUUCAGGCUGGAGGUUUUCCUGUGCUCUCCAUAGCUGCUGCCUAGUGCUGCCCUGAGGAAAGCAGUGUUGGGAAGGUGGGUGCUGUCCUGAGGAGAAGUGGUGGGAAGGCUCCUACCCCUUGCCCUGAGAAGUGGUGGGAAGGCUCCUACCCCUUGCCUUGGGGUGUCAGGGCUCACCGCAAGGCCUGCUGUGCUUCCCUGCACCGGCUGCCAUGGAGACCUUAUCCCAGGACUCUCUGCUGGAGUGCCAGAUUUGCUUCAACUACUACAGCCCCCGCCGGCGGCCCAAGCUGCUGGACUGCAAGCACACCUGCUGCUCUGUGUGCCUGCAGCAGAUGAGGACCAGCCAGAAGGACCUGCGCUGCCCCUGGUGCCGUGGGAUCACCAAGCUGCCUCCGGGGUACUCUGUGUCACAGCUGCCCGAUGACCCCGAGGUGAUCGCCGUCAUCGCCAUCCCCCACACCUCGGAGCACACCCCUGUCUUCAUCAAACUGCCCAGCAAUGGGUGCUACAUGCUGCCCUUGCCUCUCUCCAAGGAGCGGGCGCUGCUGCCGGGAGACAUUGGCUGCCGUCUCCUGCCCGGCAGCCAGCAGAAGUCCCUGACGGUGGUGACGAUCCCAGCGGAGCAGCAGCCGCUGCAGGGCGGCCUUCCCGCCGAGGCGGGAGUGGAGGAGCCGGACCGGAGAGGCGCUGUGAAAAGCUCCACCUGGUCGGGGGUGUGCACUGUGAUCCUGGUGGCCUGUGUCCUGGUCUUCCUCCUGGGCAUCGUCCUCCACAACAUGUCGUGCAUUUCCAAGCGCUUCACGGUGAUCUCCUGCGGCUGAGGUGGCGGGGGCUGUGCUCCCCGGGGUCAGGUUGGGUCGGGUUGGUGAUGGUGGUAUUGAGCAAGACAAUUCCGUGCAGCUUUCCCCAGUGACUGCAGGACGCUGUGCACCGGGCAGCAGUGCUUGCCUGGCUGUGGCCCCCAGAGGGGUGGCAUCAGGUCUGUCGGCAGCCUGUGGAGAAGAUCACAUCCCGUGUCUGGCGGCAGUGGCACUGAGGAGGACUGCAUGUGUCAUCUCAACCAUCUAUCAAAGGGACUGCAACUUCACAGUGAUCUUUUUUUAUUGUGUUAUGAGAUUAAAGACCUCCAUGUAGCUGGCUAUACUGUGAAGUACACAGUAUGGGCUCUUCUUUAAACACAGUGUAUUAAAAUCAAAACUGCUCCACAUAGAAUUAAAUGAGAACUGGCACACAACUGUACGAGCUGUUUAAUACCAGUCUACACAUGCAUUAUUUUUUAAUGAAGGGAGGGAGGGAGAUUCAUAAAACAGAGAAAUCAUGUAGCUGGUAAAGUAUUUUAUAUGUUUUAAAUGGCGCAUUAAUUAAACCAAGUUAGGGAAUUGUACAAUAGUUUUUAAAAGGUAGCAUUUUAGAAGCAAUUAUUUUCUUCCUUGGUGUCUGGUUUUUGCCUCUGUUUUUUGCCUUUGUUUUUCCCAUUUCUUUCAACUACAGAAAAGUGGUACUUCCAGCAUCUUUUAUUUGAAGGCGCUUUCAAGAAGGGAUUCAAAGUGGACUAGAAAGGAUACUUAAAAAGUGCAGUCAAAACAGUUCUGCCUCACUGGCUUUAUGGGAAGGAUAGCUUUGCAUGGUAAACAUUGGACAUGCUGUUUUACCUCCAGUCUGGCUGCAGACUUCCUGAUUACCUGGCUUUCAUAGCCAUUAGUGAAGAAAUGGGUCAUGAGAAGUCCUGGGACUCCUGCAAGGAUGUGAUAACAUAUUGCUCUUAAUUUUUUUUUUCUGCAGGUUAGGUUUACUUACUUGUUUAUGAAGAAUCUAGAUCUAUUUUGCCUCCCUCUUUCCUAGGAGUUGCAACUGUGCACUAGUGGGUGGUGUGACAGAGGUGUUGCUCUAAGAAAGCUUCACCAUUGGAACUGAGACCAAGGACUGUUGUACACAGUCAUCUAGUAAGAGGCAGUGAUGUAUCUUGGAGAAGAAUCCAGGCCAGCCUAACCUCUUACUGGGUGAGGCCCUCCUCCUGAACUGCUGUGACUGUCCUGGUGUCAGAAUGUCUGGGUGAGCUUAACAGAACCGUCUUCCCAUGUUUCAGUCUUACUAUUGUUGAUUUCAUGAGGACAGAUUUGAAAAACAAACACAGUAAGUGUCCCUUCUCCCUUUCAUGACAGUCUCCUGUGACUGUCAUGAAACCCCAGUCAUUUGCGGUUCACUUCUUGAGAAGAGCCAAAUUCCUGAAUGUUCACUGCAGUAGCACCUUGCUCUAAGCAGUCCCACUAGCUUUAGUAGUACUGCUCAUAAGUAAAAUAGAGCCCAGUGUGAAUUUGGGUAUUUGGCAAGUCCGAUUGCUGAAACUUAGAUGAGAUUUAGGGAUUGGAUCAAGGGGCACGUGGCAGACCCUUAAUAAGACAGAAAAAUCUGUUGAUUUGCACCACUUCUUUUUGUGAUUACAAGACGUAACUUCCCUGAACUGUGUCCUCUUGUUGUCUACCUAUUGUUCUUUCUAAUUCUUGGAGAUUGCUGAAUGCCAUAUUAUAACAUAGUUUUGACUAUGCAGUGCCCAAGUUGGCUCCAUAGUCAUCGUUGGUUUUCUGGUUUUGUCACAAAAUCCAGUUGCUGGUUCACAAUAAACAUUCUCAGCUCACACUUCUGUCAGGAAAAUACCUCUGACUUCAUGCUGGAUUUCUUUCCCUCCCUGUUUCUAAACCACCAUUUUCUUCCUUGAUUUCCAUUAAGGGAAGAAUGGAAUAUAGGGUGCUUAGUUGUGAUGAUGUGUGUUUGCUCACAUAUGGAGAGGAACCAUUGUGCUGAUUUUUAUCUACUGUCAUAUGUAUGCAUAGCACAGGAAAAAAAAAAAGUCUUCAGAUAAAACACUCAAUGCCUUUUUUGUGCAAGGCUCAUGUGCAGUGUGUCUUGCAUCUGGCUUGCAAGUAUUGUAAUUACAUGGACACCUCUCCACAGCAUGUUUCAUGUGGUUGCAGUAGGGAACACCAGGUAUUCCCAAAUGUGUCUUGUGAACGUGCUCGUCUCUUGUUGCCAAUAGCUAGCCAGAUUUCUACUGACAUCCAUGCUAUGCUGCUUUUUGUGUAAAGGAAAGCCAGUUCACAAAAAAUCCUGCCUUUUACGAGACUCUUGAGGAACUGACCAGACACAGGAUUUGACCCUCUACUGCCUUAUCCCGUAGCAAUUUGUGGGUGUACCAGAAGCUUAUGGCAUAUGUGAAAGAUGCUCUGGGUACAAUGCUGGUGCAUUUUGUGCCAGGUUCAGCAUUUGUUAUCUGAGUUGUCAGUGAAUGCACAAAACCAUGAGGCAGUCAGGGAGCAGGUCCUGGUGACACACACAGUGGUGGUAGCGUUACCUCCUUCCAGCCAUACCUGCCCAACUGAAGCUCUUGAGGCCGAGGAUUCUCUGACAUUGCAAAGAAAGGCCCUCUUCAUCUCCCUAUGGAGAGUGCACAAUAAAAGAGGAAUCAGAAAUUAGGUUAAAAUACCAUACUGCAUAACAUAUUAUACAACAGGCAGACCUGGAGUUUAUCCGGAAUUAAUGACGUUAAGUGUUAAAUUAGCAGAAUACCAUCCUGUACUACGUAACACAGUACAUUGUUUUGUUAAUAUGAAUUUCCUGUACUUUUGUGCCUGCUGAAAUGCAUGUUUGACCUAAUUUCUGAUCCAGACAUUUGCCUGCUCACAGCCUUGUGUAAGAGCAAUAAGUAAAACCUCAAGAUUUUUGCCUGCGUGUACGCGCAUGGUGUGUAUGUUUAUUCCUUUUUAUAAAUAGGAGUUCUGGAAAAGUUUUUGUUCUGGCUUUAGACUGUGACUAGAAUUUUAAAUUUGCAGCUGUUAUAUAUGUUAGAUCACCUAGCUUUUUUGCUGACUUGUGUAGAAAUGAACUAAAUAGUUUGUUGUAAUGUAGAGUGUUAAAAUGUUUCUCAAGUAUGUCAAUAGUCACACUACUUUAAAAAUGCAGUGCAGUCUAUCCCGUUCCUUGGUUCAAUGCCUGACAUUAAAAAGUACUGCUAAAUUUUUUUUAUUAUUAUUUUUAAAGACCAGCCUUGUCUUUGUAUCUUUCCUUUGUGGAGAAACAUGUUUGGACUUGUGCCAAAAUUAUCAGGUUCCAGGUUAGCUUUUGUUCUCUGGUGUCCAGUAAGAAGUCACUGCCUAGUUCCACCAAAAAGAAAGACAGAAGCUUACUGUGACUCAGUUCUGUUUGAGAAACCAAAACUUAUGCUAAAAUGUGUGGGUAAUUAUUCAAGCACCUGCAUUUUUAGAGCACAUUACUCUGUAUGAAUGUGUAUUUAUUUGCUUGUUUAAUAGGAAAGGUGUGUGUGUUGGGGUCCAGUAUUUUUUCCUGGAUGGUCCCAACUUCCAUUGUUGGCUUGUGCUUUGCUGGCAAACAGACUUUAGGGUUCACUCUGUGAAAUUUUGUUUAGUGAAUUUUAAAAAUUCAAAAUAUGCAAUUUUGGUAUGCAGGAUUUUUUUAGGAAAUUGUGUGUUCAGUGAUUGUUCAUGCUUAACCACGAUGUAAAGGAGCCUGUAUGUUUUGUAAACAUGGAGCAGUCAUGAGUCCAAAGUUUCAUCUUUACUAAUGAAGCUAAUUCUGAAUAAAACGUUAGCAGGAAAAGAGUGAUAGCAAGUGAA